UUUCUGUCCUUAAACAGCUGAGUAGCAACAGUACUUAUGGCUGCUGUGUUCCCUGUUAGACCGCUUUGCGACAGCAAUCCUGCUACUCCAGGAGCACAGUCUAUAAAGGAGGACAUUAUAGAAGAGUCAUCAAAUGAUGGAAGCCAGCCUCCCAAGAGGAGGAGGAUGGGUUCAGGUGACAGCUCCCGAAGUUGCGACACCUUCAGUCAAGAGCUUGGCCCUACAUAUUUUCCAGCAGAGAACCUGACAGAGUACAAGUGGCCACCUGAUGAUACAGGAGAGUAUUACAUGCUGCAGGAGCAGGUCAGCGAGUAUCUGGGGGUAACAUCCUUCAAAAGGAAGUAUCCUGACUUGGAGAGGAGAGACUUGUCCCACAAAGAGAAGCUUUACCUGCGUGAACAGAACGUCAUUACGGAGACACAAUGCACUCUUGGACUAACAGCCCUGCGGAGCGACGAGGUGAUAGAUCUGAUGAUAAAAGAGUAUCCUGCCAAACAUGCUGAGUACUCGGUUAUACUACAGGAGAGAGAGCGACAGAGAAUAGCUAAAGAGUACUCACAAAUGCAACAGCAGAACACUCAGAAGGUGGAAGCGAGCAAAGUUCCAGAGUACAUAAAGAAAGCCGCAAGAAAAGCUGCAGAAUUCAACAUUAACUUCAACAGGGAGCGGAUGGAGGACAGGAGAGCUUACUUUGAUCUCCAGACACAUGUAAUCCAGGUACCCCAAGGUAGAUUUAAGGUGCUCGCUCCAGAGCUGACAAAAACAGGGCCAUACCCAGUGGCUCUCAUACCAGGGCAGUUCCAAGAUUACUACAAAAGGUAUUCUCCCAAUGAGCUACGAUACCUGCCAUUGAACACUGCUUUAUUUGAGCCUCCCUUAGAUCCUGAGCUCCCUGCGAUGGACUCUGAGCCUGAUUCAGAUGAUGCAGAGGAUGGCAAGGGAGACAAAAAGAACAAGAAUUCAUCUGAAAGUUCUUCGGGCAACACAUCAGAUGUAGAAAGCCAAGAGGGAGGAGGUGGGCAGGGGCACAAGUCCAAGGCCAAAGAUAGGACAUCUACACCGAACAAAGACAGCACCCAGCGCUAUUCUGUCUCCCUUAAAGCAUCUUCCACCCCAGGGUACAAGCCUAAGGUCAUUCCCAAUGCUAUAUGUGGCAUUUGCAAGAAGGGUAAAGAAGCCAACAAGAAAGGCAAACCAGAGGCUCUCAUUCACUGCUCCCAGUGUGAUAACAGUGGCCACCCAUCAUGCUUGGAUAUGAGCAAGGAGCUAGUGUGUGUGAUCCAGACAUACCUGUGGCAAUGUAUGGAGUGUAAGUCCUGCACCAUAUGCCAGCAGCCGCACAAUGAGGAUGAGAUGAUGUUUUGUGACAAAUGUGACAGAGGAUUCCACACAUUCUGCGUGGGCAUGGGCUCCAUACCAACUGGUCUUUGGAUAUGUGAGGUUUGCAACAAAGGUUUCAGCACACCCAAGCAGAAAACAGGAGCCAAAACACCCAAGCAGCCCAAGUCAACUCAGAAAUGAUUAACAUCAUCAUUAUUCUUGUUCACCUCAAUGCCUGAGUUAUACUUCAUGUGGAUGCUGAUUUGGUGGGCCCUUCUACGAUGAACAUUCCGUACAUUAAAUCCAAAUACUGCUCUUCAACAAUGUUUUUGGUGGUGCAGCAGUGAAACUUUAUGAAACUUUAUGGCACUCAUGCAGAAAUGGAGCAAGGAGAAAUGUGAGAUAUAUCAAAGUGGUUUCUCUUCGUUGUCUAGUCUUGCUCUAAAACCCUUAAGAAAAUAGGGGUGCAAGUGUAGCAAUCUUCAAAGCAACUGACUUCAAGUCUUAGUUUGACCAGUCAUGAGUUUUGGCAUAUUUUUGUCACUCCAGCAACCAUUUCCAUUGUUUCAGAAAUUGCCUAGUACGUUUAACUAUCCAAUCUACAAUUCAGAUUUCAGGCGCGCUACCAGAUGCAUUUUGUUGACAUGUUAAUUUGCAAACACACUUAAAUAUUCUAUAAUUUGAUUGACACUUGGUGACAAAAGUGAAAAAAAUAAAAAUCAAACUCGUUUAAUGUAUGUUAACAGUGAGUUCUUUUGGCUUGGCCCUUUCUACAUUUUGGGUCACCACUGGGGAUUUUAUAGGGAUCCGCAUGUUUGACACAAGUUUUUUGCCAGAUGUCCUGAGUGAGCACGAGUGGCCUUGAACUGGGAAUCUUGUGUUUUAGAAGGAAGUGCACUGACCACAUCACCAUCAAAUGUAGGCAUACGAGUAUGCUAAAAUAUACUUGAUUGUGUAUAUGUGUGUUUACUAUGACAACUUGUGUGGAAUUGUACACAUUAAUGUAUGCAACUGUGAAAAAUGUGUGAAUAGUUGUAUUGGCUGAAUUUAAAUUCAUCCAAAUCAGGUGCACUGAAGAAUUUUCUUACCACUAUCAGAGUCAGGGCUUCUUUGUCAGUAAAUCAGUGGAUCGCAUAUUUGUCACAUACCUAUAAGAUUACUGUCACCACCAGUGAUACUUUGUCUGGGUAGUUGUUUUGUGUGAACUAAUGGUGCUUUUGUUCCUGUCCUACUGAAACAACCAGGGUUGGCAAAAAGUUACUCAUUUUGGAAUGUGUUAAUCUGUUGUUUUUUUUUUUUAAUUACUUACUUGAUUAAACCAAUAAUGACAACUCUGGUUUUAAUAAUAAUACUGUUUUUCUUGAUAAUAUGGUGCUUGUGAGCCUGUGCAGUCUUUUUGGUGACUUCACUGUGGACAAAUUAACCCACAGUCAGCUCGGACCUCACGACUUCGUUUUUCAGGUUGUUUUUGCUGUUUACAGAAUUUGUCCUUUUUUAGAAAGAUUGUUACAGUCCUUAUCAGAAUUAUUGGUACCCCUACAUUUGAAGUACAAAACUUAAAAAAUUUUCAGACAUAAAUGCAACUGAAACAGUUUUGUAUAUGUUUAAUAAAAUGUCCAGUUAUUGAACCAUAUAAACUCUCAUAGUGAAAUAAAGAUUCAGACAUAAAAUGUACAUGUGACAGAGUUAUUGACACUUUGAAUGUAAAUCAUCACUUUUACAACUAGUUUUCUUUAGAUAAGUCUGUGGAUGGAAAUCUGAAGAUUUCAUAUUUGUUGAAUGGCUUUGACAUGGUAAGUACGUCUGGAGUAGGCAGUUGACAAAAACUGAGUGAUGAUGCUAGGAGAUUAGUGAGGUAAGCCACCAAGACACAACUCUGAAGGACUUAUGGGCUUCUGUAGAUGUGAUUGAAACUGGGUAUAGUACACCUUCUCUGCUGCAUUUCCAGCUGAAAAAGCACUUUCGCGUUACAUGUGACACUCCAGUGACAUGGUUCUGCCAUGCAAGCACUCAGCUGCACCUUGAUUUACCUGUCUCUUCUGGGAAUUGAACUUACACUCACGAAGUUGCCCCUCUAAUUAUUAGGCCACUACCCCCCCCCCCCCCCCCCCCCAAAAAAAAAGCUUUGUUUUAUUCGAUUAAAGUCCUCUGUUUCACUGCACCAUAAAGCUGUAUGGUAGUCAGUCACUGAGGAUUAGGACUACUUGAUCGAGACAGACGUACCUUACUCUUUGUAUUCCUUUAUGGUUAACUGUGUGAAAAUAAUUUAAUGUGAACUAAAACAGGGGUGCCAAUUAUUUGGCCUCAUUUACAUUUUGUCUGUAUAUUUUAUUUCAUUAUAUGAAAGCAUUUUUUGUUGUUCAUGAACUUUGGGCAUUUUAUUAUAUAAUUCUAAUUAGACAUAAUUGUUUUAUUUGCAUUUAUUUCUGAACAUAUUUUAAAUUCUGCACUAGAAAUGUAGGUGUUGAUAUUUAUGAUCACGACUGUAUCGCCUUGAUGGUUGUUGAUACUCAACUGUUGAAUAUGAAAGUAUAAUGUUUGAAAACUGAAAUUUGUAGUGUCCAAAAAGACAUUUCUACUGAAAAUUGAUCCAGUAUGUGUGUAGUUGUUGCUAAAUUAGUAUUUCUUCUCCCAUGUAACUGUGUGUGUUGCACUCUGCUGUAUUUUCUUUAAUAUUACCAAUGAGAAAUGCACAUUUAAAACUGCAAAUAGUUGCUUCAAGAAAUAUUUUUUAUAGAUUCAGUAGCCAAUGAAUUUUGCCUCUUUUUUUUUCUUUUUUACAAUAAAAGCCACCUGAAAGACU